UAAUAUACCGUUAUGACAAAUUAAAGAUGCUAUUUUGUAAGAUCAUAGUUGAUUUAGAAUAAAAUUAUAUUAAGGGACAAUUAUUUUUUCUGAUUGAUUGCAAUUCAGUAUAAUUAUGUUCGCAGUUUGAUUGGUCUCUUCUCUUAAAGUACACCGACUGUUUAUUGAUGUGCGUAAUUAAUCCUAUUAUAAUCAUCUGCACAAUGCUUCUAUCACUAUAAAUGAAUUAAUUACUUUUAAGUAAUUACUUAUAUCGCGAUACAUUCUUAAAUUUAUUUGACGGUCAAAACCAUUUAAAUAAGUUAUGUCAAUUAACAUAAUUAUCUAUCUUUUACGGGCAUUUAAUUGAUUAAAAAAUUAUUUUACUUAUCACAGUUUUUACCGCGAUAUCUUUAAUGUAUUAAUUUAGAUUAGUUUGAGUAGUACAAGCGUGAAAAUAAAGCUGUAAAUUAGGUAUAAAAGCGUAGUAUUUUUUUCAGAAGCAUCCUUAUUUCCAGAGUAUUUUUAUAGACUACGCAUUAUAUUCAUUUAUUUAAAGUGCUCAAUUUAGCUAGUUUAUAACCACUAUAAUUAUGGAUUAUCCGUGCAUUGUGUGUAGUUCAGAAGUGAGGCCACGCCAGCAUGCCGUAGCCUGUGAUAAAUGUGCGAAGUGGCAACAUAGAACAUGUAAUACAGGUAUUACAGCCGCCGCAUAUAGACAAGCUGUCCGCCAAGGCGACGACAUUCCUUCUAUAUGCAAGAUGUGUGUCAGUCAGUCUCCGCAACUGUCUGUGUCCGACGAGUCCGAAAAUGAAUUGGAACCCACGAUUCUUGAGCGCAGCGUCCGCCAGGUGUCCUCCGUGAACAUCUUUCGUUCAGCGCAGACGAUAGCCGAACAGAUUCUUCGGGAGAACGUUGGUCCAGACAACGCCGUCAUUCCUAAGAAGAAAUUACUUAAACGAGUCGCCAAUCGCACACGUGCGACACAUCGCCCAGAAGAGCCAAAGACGCUCGACUUUGAGGUUAACCUAGAGUACCUGCAGUGUGACGAUUUCCUUGUGGACGACAUUACAUUUGAGGGGCAGCGUCACUUCGUGUUUUCUACGCCUUACCAGCUGGAGUUACUACGCAAUGGUGUGGAGAUCAAGGGAUGUGCUUUCCAUUGGUCCCAAGCGGUUUGGCGUCGGGUCGUUGAUGUCGGUCUGGCCGAAACAUACCAGCGCUGGCAUCACCGUCUAAACAGUAAAGCGGGGAACAUGGGGCUGCAAUUCUACAGACUGGUGCCGCUACUACAAACCGAGGCAGACGAUGUGAAAAUGGCGAUCCGCGCAGGUGAUCUGGGAAGAAACAUGGAAGGACGGUCCAAGACGUUGGAGAAAAGUCUAAGCUCCAUCUGGGACCAAUAUGAAGAGGGCAACAUCACAACAUCUAAAUUCCUCAAAAGAUGUGGCGAGCUCUACGGAGUCAGAGUGUAA